AUGGCACCCGAUCCUCAACCAGACAAACCCCCAGCCGCCGAACCGGCGCAGGAGAAUGAGGCCGCCGAGGAACAGCAGCCAACGCCCGCCUCUCCUCCACUGCCCCAGCGCCACACCGCCGUGACGCCCGGCCCUCGCGCCGCGCGACUGCAAGAGCUCUACUCGCGCUCCCUCCGCAAGACGCUCGGCAAGAUUGGAUGGGAAAACGUCGCGGGAUGCUAUCCUACCGUUGCGAAAAGGGCAGAGGGCGUGCUGAGGCAGGUUCAAGGUCAGAUGGUUGAGAAGCUGGGGGAGAAGUGCGAGGUUGUACCAAAACUCAAUGACCUGGAGAGUCUUAUAAGCGACGCCUCCCGCCGGCGGGCCGAAUCAACAACAGAAACCCAACCAACACCACCUCACCUCCUUCCCCCAUCCGCUAUUCUUGCCGCUCACAUGACGCCCUCCCUCACGGCGCAUCAGUCGCAGCUCAACGCGCGCCUCCAGACGACGCAGUCGCAAAACGCCCUUUUGCACGACGAGGUCGGCCGGCAGCGCGACGAGAUUCGUUCGUUGCUUGAGGCUCUUGAGGGUGUGGUCGCCGAUGUGCAAGGUGCAAAUGACGCCCUGCGGCCGCUGGUUGAUGAGGUGGCUGCCGAGACGAGGGAGGGUAUUGCGGCUGUUGAGACGGCGAGUGGUGGUGGGCGAGCACCACCACCACCUACGACGACAACGUAG